AUGCAUAGUCACUUCACCCCUACCUACACCCCUUCCUACACCCCUACCUACACCCCUUCCUACACCCCUACCUACACCCCUACCUACACCCCUACCUACACCCCUCCCUACACCCCUACCUACACCCCUACUUACACCCCUUCCUACACCCCUACCUACACCCCUUCCUACACCCUUACCUACACCCCUUCCUACACCCCUACCUACACCCCUACCUACACCCCUUCCUACACCCCUACCUACACCCCUACUUACACCCCUUCCUACACCUCUACCUACACCCCCUCCUACACCCCUACCUACACCCCUACCUACACCCCUUCCUACACCCCUACCUACACCCCUUCCUACACCCCUACCUACACCCCUUCAUACACUCCUUCCUACACCCCUACAUACACCCCUACCUACACCCCUUCCUACACCCCUACCUAUACCCCUACCUACACCCCUUUCUACACCCCUACCUACACCCCUUCCUACACCCCUACCUACACCCCUACCUACACCCCUUCCUACACCCCUACCUACACCCCUACCUCGACUAACCUACAGGUCCAGUUGCUACGCACUGAGGUCAACCUCAACCCACCCACCCAUUAUACCACAACCAACAACAUAUCAUCACCUCUGACCUCCAUUGAGCUUGUCCAAGUGCCCCCGACCAUCUACCUCCCCACAGCCGCCCCCUCAAUGCCUGAGCCCAACACCUUCCCCCCCUCCCCUCUCUUCCUCCUCACCCCCGACCCUUUCUUCAAUGGAUCCUACCACAACUGGACCAACCCUGGCGGCGGAGGCGUGGGGGGUUUCCAACUCACUAUAGCAGGGGUCAUUAUUCCCCUCAUCUAUGUAGCAGUCUGUGUGAUCGGCCUGGUGGGCAACACAUUGGUCAUCUACAUUGUUUUACACUAUGUGAGGACGGAGUCGGUCACUAACAUCUAUAUACUCAACCUGGCCAUCGCUGAUGAGCUAUUCAUGCUAGGCCUCCCCUUCCUGGCGGUCCAGAACGCUCUGCUCUCCUGGCCGUUUGGUUCUCUCAUGUGCCGUGUGGUCAUGACUGUGGACGCCAUCAACCAGUUCACUGCCAUCUUCUGUCUCACGGUCAUGUCCAUCGACCGCUACCUCGCAGUGGUCCAUCCCAUACGUUCGUCGUGGUGGAGGCGACCGCACGUGGCCAAGGCGGUGAACGCGGCGGUGUGGGCGGUGUCGUUUGUGGUGGUGCUGCCCGUGGUGGUGUUUGCGGACGUACUGGAGGAUGAUGGGAACUGUAGUAUCGUGUGGCCUGAGCCAGCCGAGGUCUGGAAGGCAUCGUUCAUCGUGUACACGUGCACGGUCGGGUUCUUCGGACCGCUACUCGUCAUCUGUCUCUGCUACCUGCUCAUUGUGAUCAAGGUGCGCAACGCGGGGAAACGGGCCCGGUCCACCUCCUCCCGACGCAGGAAGUCCGAACGCAAGAUCACCCGCAUGGUGGUUGUCGUGGUAGCAGUGUUCGUGUUGUGCUGGCUCCCAUUCUACAUCCUCAACAUCGUUAACCUGCUAAUCCUGUUACCGGGCGAAUUCCGGGUCUACUACUUUGUGGUGGUCCUAUCGUACGCUAAUAGCUGCGCUAACCCAAUAAUUUACGGAUUCCUGUCCGAUAAUUUUAAGAGAGGGUUCCGGAAGGCUCUUUGUCGUUCUUCGAGGAAGGUGGAGAACCACGAGAGGGCGGCAGCCACCGAGCUGCAGCGCCCUGCAGAGCUCUGGAGGGAAAUUGUGCCCGAGCCGCGAGAUGGCCUGGGGGUCACCAAGUCUCAUGAAGGAGGGGAGGAAGAAGUGGAGGAGGAAGAAGAGAAUGGGAUAGAGAUGGAGAGAAGAGAAGAUGCCACUCAGAUUAGAGAGAACUACAGGAUUGCACAGAACGGGAACGGAGGAGGACAAGUUGAGAGCUCCAGGAUCUUGUUCACUCCGGGGAGAAAGGUGGAGACGGUACCCCUGGGGCAGAGGGCUAAAGCUGGGGAGGAGGCUGAGAAUGGCCCAGGCUUAGAAGUGGGGCCUACUGUCGCUGUCUCCACUCUUGCCAAUGGAUCAAAGAGUGAAAGUAACAGGUCACGUCCAGAGACAGUGGAGAAGAGCACCAAGCUAGAGAUCAGCUACCUGUAA